AGUCAUUAACCAUUUUUCGCAAGCGAUUAGUAUUAGUUUUUGUUGUGAGAAUUAUGGCAUGGGUGAGGGAAAUAUAUGCAAAGGAUAUUACCAUAACAAUAAAGCAAUUGGGUGAUGGAGGAUUUGGUUUGGUCUAUGAAGCAAAAUGGAUGGACAGGAAAGUAGCCGCCAAGAAACUAAUUAUAAGGUCAGAGGACAACGCGGAACUUAAUAAGGAAUUGCAAAAUUUAUGGCUCCUUAGACAUGAGAGUAUUGUCGAGUUAUAUGGCAAAACAACGAUUGGCACUGACCUUUACCUUAUCAUGGAGUAUGCGGACUGUGGAUCCCUCCAUUACUAUCUACACAAGGAGAAGAGCAGAUUGGAAAAUAUGUCAUAUCUGGCUCUACACAAUUUGAUGUUUCAGUGCGCCAGGGCAGUUGAGUAUCUGCAUAAUCGGAACCCAACAGUUCUCCACCGCGAUUUGAAGCCAAACAAUUUGCUGCUUUUUGAAGAUUAUCGUAUACUGAAAAUAUGUGAUUUUGGUACAGUACGAGAAAUUGCUUCAAAAAUGUCGAGUACAGUUGGAACUCCCGCUUACAUAGCACCAGAGGUUCUCGAAGGAAAAAAAUACACGGAGAAAUGCGAUGUGUACAGCUUUGGCAUUACACUCUGGGAAGUAAUGUCACGAAAGAAACCUUUUCAUCACCUGGAAAAUCCAAAUGCGCUCGCCUUUAAUAAUUUAUCCACGAAAGGAGAGCGACCGAAAUUGGAUGCUAUAAAGGAUUAUAAAAAUAAAAAGAUCAUUCAAGUCUUGGUUGAACAAUGUUGGAACCAAAACCCAGACAGGCGGCCGACAAUGCAAAAGUUGUCUCAUGAUUUUAGCUUUUAUGAUUUCAACACGAUACCCUUGCCGCGUACGUCUGAAGAAGAUUAUAAAUAUAGAACUAACAACUAAGAGGUUCU